UUCUGGAUCAAGCAGCAAUUGUAAAACAAAGUAACUUAAUCUUUUUUUUAAUAAUAUAUAUACAGUCUGGUGUCUUCAACCUGUGACUGUAUCCCAGGGGAGUUUUUUAGCCUCCUCCCCCUGACAAUACACACAUGACCCGGAUCACAUGAGCCUUGCUACUACCUCCUGGUUCAGACAGACGGGCUACACGGAUCGAGGCUAGCUGUUAGCUUCAACUGUCUACACGGCCGAGAUGAGUUUCCUAGGAGGUUUAUUUGGGCCGGUAUGUGAGAUAGACGUACUGCUGAACGAUGCAGAGAACAGAAAGACAGCCGAGUUGAAGACAGAAGAUGGCAAAGUGGAGAAACACUACCUGUUCUACGACGGAGAGUCUGUAUCUGGCAAGGUGAAUCUAAAUGUGAAGCAGGGAGGAAAGCGACUGGAGCAUCAGGGCAUCCGCAUUGAGUUUGUUGGACAGAUAGAGCUGUUCUCUGAUAAGAGCAACACCCAUGAGUUUGUGGACUUGGUGAAAGAGUUGGCUCUACCUGGAGAACUCACCCAGAACAGGAGCUACGACUUUGAGUUCAUGCAGGUGGAGAAGCCCUAUGAGUCCUAUACUGGAGCGAAUGUCAGGCUAAGGUAUUUCCUCAGGGUGACAAUAGUUCGUCGUCUGUCUGACUUAGUGAAGGAAUACGAGCUGAUUGUCCACCAGUUAGCCACCUACCCAGACGUCAACAACUCGAUCAAGAUGGAAGUCGGCAUAGAAGAUUGUCUUCACAUUGAGUUUGAAUACAAUAAGUCAAAAUACCACCUUAAGGAUGUGAUUGUUGGGAAGAUCUACUUCCUGCUGGUCAGGAUCAAGAUCCAACACAUGGAGCUACAGCUCAUCAAGAAGGAGAUAACAGGCAUAGGUCCCAGUACUACCACAGAGACAGAGACGGUUGCAAAGUAUGAAAUCAUGGAUGGAGCUCCAGUUAAAGGAGAAUCAAUCCCCAUCAGACUGUUCCUGGCAGGAUAUGACCUGACACCCACCAUGAGGGAUGUCAACAAGAAGUUCUCUGUACGCUACUUCCUUAAUCUGGUGCUGGUAGAUGAAGAGGACAGAAGAUACUUUAAACAACAGGAGAUUGUUUUGUGGAGAAAAGCUCCAGAGAAGAUCAGGAAAAGAAACUUCCAUCAGCGCUACGAGUCACCCGAGCCCCGAACCCAGCCAGUUGAUGCAGAGCAGCCAGAGAUGUGAGGGUGAUGCUAUGAACUGAAAAUACACACAGACACACACCAACUCUUCACUGCUGAACAGCCAGAGGUGUGAGGGCUGCCACACUAUCUCCCUGGACUGAGAAAUGUAUACAUGAAUACAUAUAACAUACCUUCAGACAUCCCCGUUACCACUCCACAGCUUCAGAUGUGAGCUGUCCGACCACCUUCACUCUCUCCCCCAGGACUGAAACACACUCGCAUACAGACGCACAAGCAUACCAUCCAAGAAGGCUGAAAGCUGAAUGUCAAGGCCAGAAUGCAAAGCAAACAGACCCAAGUAAGGAACAGUGAGGCAGCCUAUUUGAUCUUGGCGUCUCUGAAAACACACAUACAUUCAUACACAAGUGAAGCCAUACAAUCUCAGUUUGCUGAAUGCAUAAUAAAACAGAAGCAAAGAGGAGAUGGCUACAGACCACUAUACCACACCAUUUAUCCAUUUCUUCUGCAACAGGAGCUUCUUUUGUUUGCAUAUUUGGACAGCACUUAUCCUGGACUUUCUCUGGCAUCCCCCCCCACACACACACAUUUCUAGAGUCUGGCUGGGCUAGCCAGUGAUUUAAAGUAUUUAAGACGUGGGGAUCAGCCUGAGCAAAGGACAUGAGAAGCUAAGCUAUGAGUCAACACACGCACUCUGUGUUUAUUCACAAUAAGCUAUGAUAUUGCCACUGUGCUCUUGUUGAACCGUCUAGCUGGGAAAUCAAGAGUUUUCCAGUUGUUGGUAAGUAUGUUGCAACAGUCCACAGACUGCUUCUUCCAUGCACUCUUCCAUGUCUGUCUGGUGCAACAAAUGUCCAUCUUAACAUAAAUAUAAUCUUAUAUUUCAUCUUCAAAUGCGGCUGUUUUGGUAAAAUGAAAACAUGUUCCAGUCUUGCAUCUCUCCAGUUCCAGUCCACAUUUUAUUUCAUACAAGAAAUGUGUUGGAUUCAAGAUAAGCAUUAUUAUUUCAAUGUCAUUUAUUUCAUAAAAUAAUUGAAUCAUAUAAAAUAAUUUAGUGCUGCAACUAAUGAUUAAUUGCAUUAUCGAUUAAACUGCACAUUCUCGAUUAAUUGAUUAUUCAUUUAGUCUAUAAAAUGUUA